CAUUGUCUAGGUACUGUGGAUACCACUGUAAAUAAAACAUGUAAAACACUUGCUUUCUGAAGUUUAUAUGCAAGAGUCUGACAAAGAAAUAUGCAAGUGAAAUAUGCAAAUGUCAGAUGUUGCUAAGUGCAAUGGAGAUCAAUGAAGUAGGGAGGGUGGUGAGAGAGCUGCAGAGAUGUAGACUGGUUGGGGGGUGCUGUGAGCAGCGGGACUCAAUCCCUCCCAACCUGGCCCCUGUCACUCGUUCAGACUAGUGCAUCCCUCCAGAGAGCCACCCUCGAUCAUCCUGGGCCUUCACAGAGGCUACCCUCCUGCCCUUGUCCCUACUCACUUAGGCGACCCCUCCUCACACCGCAGGGCUCAGCACACUGGCCUCCAGAAAGCCCCACUUCUUCCCUCACCAGCGCUGACCUGAGGCCCAGGCCACUGUUCUCUGGCCCCACUUCACCUGAUGCUUCUCACGCUGAAGGAGCUUCAUGGCUGGGGGGCCUUCCUGAAGAGGCUAUGGGCUCAUGGAGGGUAAGGUAUGUCUGUUUCCUCUGUGUCCAUUACAUAAUCUCAACCACAUGAGGAAGGAAAAACCCUACAAGGAAAGGAAAAUAUUCUCUCCCUUCUCAAUGGUUGACAUCAACCAUUGAGAGAUGAAAGAAAAGGAAUUGAAUAUUUUGCAUGUAGACAUUAGGAGAUCUUCAAAAUCCAAAAGCUAUUUCAGAUUUUGAAAUUACAAAUGAUUGAAAACCACCAUGGCACGUUAAACCUAUGUAACAAACCUGCACAAUCUACACAUGUACCCCAGAACUUAAGAGUACAAUAAAUAUAGAAAAAGAAACUACAAAUGAAAAUGCUGUUGAAGCGUUGUACCAGUUUAAAUAGCUGGGAAACGAAAUAUCAAUCUCUAUAAUCCAUCUAGACAAAAGCACUUACUUUUUAAAAGAGGAAGAUGUUUUGGGGACCAAAAGAGAGAACACCUCUGUGAAAGAUCCCCAGCCAUGAUUGGCCCCUGCUUUGCUCUGAGCUCAUGAAAAGCCUUUGUGAUGUCAUAACAGACAGGCCUAUAUAAGGCCCUGGCUGGGUCAUGGUUUUUGGUCUGAGAAAUCCCUGGAAGCUUUUUUGGUGACCUGUGGACUCAGACCAGCUUAGCGAUUACGAGUUGUUUGGGGUGGUGGGGGGAGUUUUUGUGGGAGGGGCGUUGUUUUUUCUGGGUAGCGUUGUUAGCAUAGUUAAUAUAGUUAGUAUUGCUUAGUGUUUUAGUGUAUUUGGGAUAGUAAGUAGUGUUGUUUACUGUAGAGUUAGAGUAGUUACUUGGAUAGUGUAUCUAGAGAUACCAUGAAGCAGGGAGUGGCCUCCACCUCACCUGCCCUGCGGCCACCUUACUAUCAAAUACUGAAAUUCAUAGGCCGUGGUGCCUUUGGCGAGGUCACGCUGGCCCGGCAUUUAAUAACUGGCACCCGGGUGGCGGUGAAAACAAUCAACAAAACCGGCUUCCUCUCUAGCCACAGAGAGACGACUAUUUUAAAGUCGGUGAGCCACAGUAACAUCAUUCGGCUUUACCAGAUCAUUAAUACCAGAGAGGCGUGCCAGCUGGUAUUAGAAUACGCAGAAGGAGGAAGCCUGGCCGACUGGCUCGAAAAAAACAUCAUGGAGGAGGAGGAGGCCCGAGGCAUGUUCCAACAAAUGCUGUCUGCCGUGAGGUACCUCCACAAAAGAAAAAUCGCUCACCGAGACCUAAAACCUGACAACAUGCUGUUAGACAGUAAAGGACAUAUCAAAAUUUCCGAUUUUGGAUCAGCCACGAUUUACCAUGAGGGGCAGAGGCUGAGAGCAGGUCAUGGGACCCUCCCCUACAUGGCCCCAGAACUCUUUGGGGCCCAGGGCUAUGAAUGUCCCGCCAUGGACAUAUGGAGCCUAGGCGUCACGUUAUACCAGAUGGUGUCCAACAGUCUGCCCUUCUUCGCAGUGAGUCGUUUCCAACUGAUAUCCCUCAUUCUAUCUGGCCAGUAUGUUAUUCGGCACUAUUUUUCAGAAGGCCUAAAAAGCCUAAUUAAAAACCUUUUAAUAUCUAAUCCCAAUGAGCGGCCGACAGUAGACAAAGUCUUGAGGGACCCGUGGGUGAACAACGGCCAGGACUUGCCUCCAGCGACGUAUGAAGAGCCGAUUGAAGACCACCCGAACUGUGAGACCAUAAGGCUCUCGGUGGCCAUGGGAUUGAAGCCAGAAAACAUCGUAAAGGCAAUCGAAGACAACGUCUUUAAUUAUCCCAUGGCCACCUACCGUAUUUUAGAUGGAGAAAAAAAGCCAUCCAUUACUACUCCACAGUCUCUUGCUCCUGGGGAUCCUACAUAUUUAGUCACUGAGAUUUCCAGUUCACCUGCCGGCCUUCACAGGAAGUCAGACCCCCAGCAUGCCCCCACGGCCUCCCUGACCAUCGAGCGCAAUUGUGGAGAUGUAGAAAACUUGGCACGGCAAGCCCUCCAGUGUGACCAUGUGGCCUCCUCCACUGUAAGCGCCAUAGGCGGUGGUGGUGCUUUAGAAACCUUGGCAGAGCAAGCCCCCCAGCGUGACCUCGUGUCUGCAGCCUCCACCAAGUGCUCCACCGGCAGUGAAAAUUUAGAAACUUUGGCUCAACCAGCCCUCCCGCAUAACCUCACGGCCGCCUCCACCCAGAUCACCACCCAGAGCACCGUGGCUCAACAACCAGGACACGAAGGCAGCGUCCUCCAAGCUGGGCAGCCCGAGGCUGUGUUGACCCAGCCAACAAGAGGCUGGAGCUGCCGCAGGGCUGCCCGAAGGUGCAUUGCCAUAAUAAGGAGAUGCUGUUGCUGCCUCUGUCCACCCAAGAGGCAGAGUAAGAGGGCCCACCCAAGAGAAAAAAUUGGAGAGGACGAAGGCCCGAAACCUGAGACGCCCAGGAGCAACGUUGGAGCCUGCAGCACUUUAUAUUAAAAAAAUAUAAAAAUAAAUGUAUCAUUCUGAUAAAUGACCAUUUCUUGCUUCUUGCAAAUUUUGUAGUAGCACUGGAAAGGUGGCACGUGGGUUGCAGACACUCUGCUGCUUUGUGCCCUCCCUGCACAGGACCGGGGCUAAGAGAAGGCAAGGCGUGAGGCAAAGGAAAAGGCAGAUUUACUAGCACCUGCCUUAGUUGAAAGAAAAGCGGGGAUAAUGAAAGGAUGGAGGAGGACGUGCAAGAGAGCAAGAAAAAGAUAGAGCUAAACCAGAGUCUAAAACCUGGCCCAGACUGGAGAACGGUCUAUAAAGAUCAUGCGGUUUACCCCCAUGCAAUACCUAGUGGUGGCAUAUGAUCCAAACUGGUGGGUCACUGUCUUACACUACUACUAUUGUGGCUAUAGGAGUAUCAGGUAAAAAUGAACAAAAACAAAUCCUUUUGCCAAUCAAAAUAUGUCACUGGAAGGCAAGAGGUGUGGCACAAGUUCUUAUAUCUUCCCAGCUGCCC